GGGCACCGGGCUGUACGCAAGAAAAAACCAACAACAAAGAAAUCAACAAAACUCCUAAUAAAUAAACGAGACACGCCACGUCCUCCGAGGGGAGCGCGGAAUGCUUUAGCUCUCAGCACAGUCACAACACGGCAAGGGCAAGCGGGCGCAGGAACUUUAUUAACAAAUGACUCCCUAGACCUAACGAGCCCGGGCCUCGGGGCCUCGGUUCCGGGGGGAAGCGGAGCGGGCCCCGCUCGCGCGCCCCGCAGGGUUUGUGAUGGCCAUCUCCCGGGCGACGGGCUCCGCACCAAGAUGGCGGAGGAAAAGGACCGGGAAGGUACAGAGGCAAUAGUGGCAGAAUUUCAUAAGAAGAUCAAAGACGCUUUUGAAGUGUUUGACCAUGAAACAAAUAACACAGUGGAUGUGAGAGAGAUUGGGACAAUUAUCAGGUCACUGGGAUGCUGCCCUACUGAAGGAGAGCUGCAUGAUUUCAUUGCAGAGGUGGAGGAAGAGGAGCCCACUGGAUACAUUCGAUAUGAAAAAUUUCUUCCAGUGAUGACCAGAGCACUUCUGGAAAGAAAAUACAGACCAAUUGCUGAAGAUGUCCUUCUUAGAGCUUUUGAGGUUUUGGAUCCAGCUAAACGAGGGUUUCUGACUAAAGAAGAACUGGUUAAGUACAUGACUGAGGAAGGUGAGCCUUUUUCUCAAGAGGAAAUGGAAGAAAUGUUGUCUGCUGCAAUUGAUCCAGAAUCAAAUGCCAUCAAUUACAGGGACUACAUAACAAUGAUGGUGAUAGAUGAAAAUUAAAUGCUCCAAAGACUUAA